AUGAAGCUCACUUCCCUCCUCUUGCUUGCUGCUACCACCGUGGCUGUUUCAGCACGCGUUCCCGUAGCUGAACCAAGGGAUGCCGACUCGAUUGAAGCUAUGCUUGCUUCAGUCGGUAAUCUGCCCAGAAAAUCCGUAUCUUGCGGGACAGGGAAAGGCCGUCAAAGUUUCAAAGCAUGGCAGAUCAAGAAAACAGCUGAUGCCAUCGUUAACCAUAUCAAUAAUGUGUCUCGCACGCCUGGGAACCCCCAGUAUCCUCACAACUAUAGAUACCUAGACCCGAGCGUCCACCUCCUGCCUGCCUGUACGAAGCAAGACGGUAACAGCGGGAAACUCUUUGAGUUCCCAAUUGAAGCCAACGGGAUUUACAAAGGACCCAAUGUCGGCCAUGUUCCGGAUAGAAUCAUCGUUAAAGGCAAAGCUAGGUCGAACAAGGCCACUUAUUGCGGCUUGAUCACUCAUAGGACAGUAGUCCUGGGUAUCUCAGCGUCAAAACAGGCUAUGGGUAUCAUGCUCAUUUUAUAUCCUGUAUCAGAUUUGCCUGUCGGCUAUAAAGCAGGACUUGCUCUUGAUGUCGAAGUCGCCACUUGGUUGACAGUUGGCAGGAAACGGUUUUCAUAUAUCGACCUGCCGGAGAAACCACACAAGAUGUCUUGGAAUAUUACUAAAAAGCUGAAAGAGACCCAUUUAAGCGCCCUCUCGAACUUCUCCAGCUCCCUAGCUUCGGGUAAGGAGAAGGAUGUCAACCCUACCACUCCCACCGCGAGCAGCGCCAGCUCUACAAAGGAAGGCGGUCCAACCCCGGAUGUAAACACAUCUAAACCCGGUAUCCUCGUCAUCACUCUCUACGAAGGUCGGGGAUUCUCACUACCUGAGCAAUAUCGAGAGGCGUUCGCUUCGCAUCACCGCACGAAUAGCAGCACGGGGGGCGUUACCGGCUCUACACAGCAAAGCUCGCUCGCUCAAACCUCAGUAACUCGUGCCAAUGGCUCUACUCGACCGCAGACGUCCGGAGGCGGCUUCACAGGCAUCCCUACAAACCAUGGACGGAUAUCCAGGAAAUACAUGCCAUACGCCUUGGUAGACUUUGAUAAAAUGCAAGUCUUCGUCAACUCAAUUGACGGUAGUCCUGAGAACCCUGUCUGGGCUGGCUCCAGCACUCAGUACAAGUUCGAUGUCUCGCGUGUAGCCCAACUCACGGUUCACAUGUACCUUCGAAACCCGAAUGCUGCUCCUGGAUCUGGCCGAAGUCAGGAUAUCUUCUUGGGAGUUGCACAGGUUAGCCCCCAGUUCGAAGGGCCGUACCGUGAGGUUGAAUGGAUCGAUUUGCAAUAUGGUACCGGAAAACUUCAGAUUGGAUGGGAAUAUGUGGAAACUCAGACGAAUAAGCUGAAUGUUGAUGAUUUUGAGUUGCUUAAGGUCGUUGGAAAGGGCAGCUUCGGAAAAGUUAUGCAGGUUCGGAAGAAGGAUACCCAUCGUAUCUACGCUAUGAAGAUUAUUCGGAAAGCGAAAAUUAUAUCUCGUCAAGAGGUGACCCAUACCCUCGCCGAACGCUCCGUCCUUGCCCAGAUCAACAAUCCAUUUAUUGUCCCUCUAAAAUUUACCUUUCAAUCUCCGGAAAAGCUCUACUUCAUUUUGGCCUUUGUCAAUGGAGGCGAAUUAUUCUACCACUUGACCAAGGAGCAACGCUUUGAUAUCAACCGUUCCCGCUUCUAUACCGCAGAACUGUUGUGCGCUCUUGAGUGCCUCCACGGCUUUAACGUCAUUUACCGUGACCUUAAGCCUGAAAAUAUCCUGCUUGACUACCAGGGCCACAUUGCCCUUUGUGACUUCGGUCUCUGCAAGCUCGAAAUGAAAGACGAGGACGAGACACAUACCUUCUGCGGAACUCCUGAAUAUCUUGCUCCGGAGCUCUUAACAGGCCACGGAUAUAAUAAGACUGUUGAUUGGUGGACACUUGGUGUCCUAUUAUACGAGAUGCUUACGGGACUUCCUCCUUUCUACGCCGAAGAUACCAACGAGAUGUAUCGAAAGAUUCUGUCCGAUCCUCUAACUUUCCCAAGCCACGAUAUUGUUCCUGCCACUGCGAAGGAUCUCCUAACUAAGCUACUCAACCGAGAUCCUGCCGAGCGCCUCGGAGCCAAUGGCUCAGCAGAGAUCAAGGCACAUCCGUUCUUCCAUGCCAUCGACUGGAGGAAAUUAUUGCAACGCAAAUAUGAGCCGGCGUUCAAGCCCAACGUGGUGGAUGCACUUGAUACCGCCAACUUUGACGUUCAGUUCACCUCUGAGCCAGCCCAGGACUCCUAUGUGGACGACCCAGUCCUCUCGCAGACAAUGCAGAACCAGUUCGCAGGAUUCAGUUAUAAUAGGCCUGUCGCGGGUUUGAACGACGCAGGCGGUAGCAUAAAAGACCCGUCAUUUAUAGACAGCGUGCAGGAUCGAAACUGA